GGUACCAUUUGCGCCACCUGGCGGCAGGCGGGGUGCCGUGGGCACUUUCUGACGAUGCCUUCCCAGGCACACGCGCAUCAUGUGGCCGCCCUCAGGAGGAGGGACUCCACGGAAGACUUUAAAGAUGCGGAGAAAGGCUCCAUUCUUUCCAGGACCCCAGCCCACUCCGGGUCUGGGGAGGCAGGAGGCCCCACAGACCAGAAGGCAGCAAGAGCAUACAGAUGUGUGACCUGAGCGACAGCGCCUCCAGGGAAGAGGUGGUGAGGUGGGCUGAGGACCCAGAGGGAGAUGCCAGAGCCCAGAGGGUUGGUGCCACAGAGCUUGGGGUCCUCACUGGGAAGUGACCAGACUGGUGGAGAGGCCGAGCUCUCUGGCUAGGCCAUGCUUGGGCCAACCUAUGUCCAGCCACGGAGAGGGUGAGCCUGAGGUUGGCCCUGGGGGUGGCACCAUGAGCUGAGUAGGACGCCUGCAGAGUGAGGACCCUUCCUGCUCCCAGAGGGACUAUGUCUGUGCAGGGCCCCCCGAGGAGGCUGCUGGGCUCCCUCAACUCCACCCCCGCAGCCACCCCCCUCCUCAGGCUGGCCACCAACCAGACGGGGCCCAGGUGCCUGGAGGUGUCCAUUCCUGAGGGGCUCUUCCUCAGCCUGGGGCUGGUGAGCCUGGUGGAGAAUGUGCUGGUGGUGGCCGCCAUCGCCAAGAACCGCAACCUGCACUCUCCCAUGUACUGCUUCAUCUGCUGCCUGGCCGUGUCCGACCUGCUGGUGAGCAUGAGCAACGUGCUGGAGACAGCUGUCCUGCUGCUGCUGGAGGCCGGCGCCCUGGCCACCCGGGCCUCGGUGGUGCAGCAGCUGGACAAUGUCAUUGACGCGCUCACCUGCGGCUCCAUGGUGUCCAGCCUCUCCUUCCUGGGCGCCAUCGCCGUGGACCGCUACAUCUCCAUCUUCUAUGCGCUGCGGUACCACAGCAUCGUGACGCUGCCCCGGGCGUGGCGUGUCAUCACGGCCAUCUGGGUGGCUAGUGUCCUCUCCAGCACCCUCUUCAUCGCUUACCACAACCACACAGCCGUCCUGCUCUGUCUUGUCAGCUUCUUUGUGGCCAUGCUGGCGCUCAUGGCAGUGCUGUAUGUGCACAUGCUCACCCGGGCGUGCCAGCAUGCCCAGGGAAUCGCUCGGCUCCACAAGAGGCAGCACCCCCUGCACCAGGGCUUUGGCCUCAAGGGCGCUGCCACCCUCACCAUCCUGCUGGGCAUUUUCUUCCUCUGCUGGGGCCCCUUCUUCCUGCACCUCUCGCUCAUCAUCUUCUGCCCUCAACACCCCACCUGUGGCUGCGUCUUCAAGAACUUCAACCUCUUCCUCACCCUCAUCAUCUGCAAUGCCAUCGUUGACCCCCUCAUCUAUGCCUUCCGCAGCCAGGAGCUUCGAAAGACACUCCAAGAGGUGCUACUCUGCUCCUGAUGAGGGGAAGGUAGCCUGCGGGCCAAGGCCAGAGG